AUAAAAAUAAAAUAAAUUAUUUUAACAAACAUAAUAUUAUAAUUAAUAAACAAAAAAAAAUAACAAUUUAAUUGUUUAUAAUAAUUAAAAAAUAUGGAAUUUGCAAGACGACUAUUAUGUAGAUCAUUUUACAUAAACAAAACAAUAUUAAAAUCACAAAUUCGUAACAGUAGCAAUAAAAAUGGAUUGAAUAUUGAUCCAAAAAUAUUUAUGUCAUUGCAAAAUAAUACAAAUGAUAUAAAAACAAUAAACAAUGAAAUUGUUGAAAAUGCAAUUGGAACAACUGAUGAAUUAUCAUCAUACAUUGGACUUGCACGUGAAUUUGCAUGUGAUAGUUCAACAGAACAUCCAUAUGUUGAUAAAUUAAAAAGAGUACAAAUGAUAUUAUUUGAUUUAAAUAAUACAAUAUCAAGAUCAAGUGUUAAAAAUAAAAUUGAUUUAUUUGAAAAUAAACAUACGAAAGAUCUUGAUGAAUGGAUUACUGAAUAUUCAAAUCAAUUACCACCAGCUGAAGAUUACAUUAUACCGGGUGGUGGAAAAGCAUCAGCAUCACUUCAUGUUGCUAGAUCAAUAUGUCAACGUGCUGAAAGAAAUGUUAAACCACUUGUUGAAAGUGGUGUUAUUGAUAAAGAAGCACAAAAUUAUCUCAAUCAUUUAUCUAAUUUUUUAUUAACUGCAUCAAGAAUUGCUGCAAAAUGCGAUCAACGUACUGAAAAUAUUUAUAUACCACGUGCUGAUGUUCCAGAUGACAAACAAUAAUAAUUUUAAAAAGACUAUAUUAUCCUAUUAAUGAACAUUUUUAAAAAGUAGAAUCAAAUUGUAAAAUAUUAAUAAUUAAAAAAACAAAC